GCAGUGAAAUUUCGCCCAAGGAUUGCCCCCGCCGGGCCUUGCUGCGCAUGCUCGCUCUGUGACCCCAGCUUGAGGUGACGGUCCGAACCUAGGCGGGGGCCCCAGGCAGGAAGCGGCAGGACCUGCCGCGGCUCCUUCGUCGGAGAGGGAGGGCUCCGCUGCCAUCGGCGCCUGGCCGGUGUCCGGAUGUGUACCUGCACUCGACGUGGGCCCUCCAUGCUUCCAGCCCCUAAUCACAGUCCCCCAUGAACCGUGCGGUGCAAGCAGUCAGGAUCGCCCGGACUUUUGCAACAGCUUACCUGUGCCUACCUGCUGUUAACAACCUCUGCUAAUUUUGCCACUGUUGCCAUCACACAGAAUCUCCAGAAUCCGGGAGCCCUCAGUGACUGUGGAUUGCGCAGACGCCUCUGCAGCCCCAUCCCCCCCCAGCCGAGGCAGCGCCAGCACCGGCUCAGGCACAAGGCCGGAGCCCCUGGACUGCCAGGGUCCGUACCAGGGAAGAGGAGCAGGAAGAGAAAUCUGUCUGCUGGGCCCUGAGCGUGGCCUGGGGGACAGGCCAUCAUCCCAGGAUGCCCCUGCCCGAGCCCAGCGAGCAGGAGGGCGAGAGUGUGAAGGCCGGCCAGGAGCCGUCCCCCGAGUCCCCUGAGCCAGGGACAGACGUCGUCCCCGCAGCCCCCAGGAAGCCCAAGAAGUUCUCCAAACUGGUCCUGCUGACAGCCUCUAAGGACAGUGCCAAGGUGGCAGGGGCCAAGCGCAAAGGAGUCCACUGCAUCAUGUCCCUGGGGGUGCCGGGCCCCGCCACCCUGGCCAAAGCCCUCCUCAAGAUCCAGCCUGAGGCUCAGAGGGCCAUCGAGGCGCCCCCCCAGGAGCCUGAGCAGAAACGCAGCAAGCUGGACACAGAUGGAAAAGAAGAUGGAAGGCUGGCAGGGCAGGCUGCCCCCAGCACGGAGGUGGUCGGAGAGGAGUCCACCGCAGAUGCUGUCAUGCCCAGCAUGGUCCUGUAGCCCUGACAAGCGCAGGUACACCCUUACUGGGUCCGUAACUUGGCUGUGACUUCUGCCUGGGACCCAGUUGCCAACUGAUUUCCCUUCUCAAACAUCAUAUAGUUUUUCAAAUCAAGUAUAAAUGACUUUUGUAAACAGAAAGAAACCCAAAAAGAAUAAAAGAAGCUGUCCCAUUAUGGACAGGUUUUACACGGCCAUGAGUCUGGGUCCUCUGAGGCCCACCUGGGACCCCCCAGCCCUCACCGGGCGCUUCCCCAGGGCUGCCUGUUCUGGGCCGUCUCUCAGUCGCCCUGGCCCCUCAGCCUGGAGGACCAGGUGGGAUCUCUGAGCUUUCUCAUUCCUGCUGCUCUUGGCCUGAAGGGGGCAGUGGGACCCCCAGCUCUGAGCCGCAGGGAAGCCUAUCCAGCCCCUUCCUGACUGUCCCUCCAGGACUUGUUCCCAGGAGGCCUCAGCCUGCUCCUGCUGGACCAUCAGGAGGCUAGCCUCCUCCAGGCAGCCACACGGACUGACAGCUUUCCCCCACCCCGCGUGGGGCCCCUGUGUUCAUGGCUCCCCAAGGUCCUGCUGAGGAGGGGGUGGGCUGCAGGGUGGAGGAGGGCCCUGACAGAGGGGUAUGAUGGCCCCACCGUGUUCCUUCCGGCUGUUUUGGCGGCUGAGAGAGGUUCCUGGGGGACCCGAGCCCCUCCCUAGGCACCUUGGGUGCCGCGCCUGCUGCAGGAGGAAGUAAAGGGAACAGAUACCCCCCCCCCCAAGCAGAAGUCAGUGUUCCCCGGAGGCCCCCCCAGCAAAGGCUUCGGCCUGCCGUUGCUUCAGCACACGUGGUCCUCAUUUCUUGAAAACUGCCGUUGGGCAAAGGACACAGAUCAUUUCUAACAAGUUGAGUCUAGAGGCCUUAUGUUUUUAAAACUCAUGUUGCCCAAUGUAACGCGGACCUCCGGAGCCCGCCUAGGAGAAGCGGGGCACUCAGUGCACCCCUUGCUCGGCUCCACAUCGCUCUGUUACUUUACAGCGUGGCUGUUCGUAACUUUUCUGUUCUGUAACCAUCAUUUUUGAAGUUCCUUUGUCUUAACUCUGUGUUUAAAUAGAUCCCCGCUCCUCACCA